AUGGCACAAAACGAGAUUAUUCAUGAUGUUCAGACUGUAUUUGAUGGCACAAACUAUAUGGCCAAGUAUAUAUCUGAUCUAUUUUCCAUAGCCAAUCUCACAGACAGUAAGAUUGUCAACACAUUGACUGAGCUUAAUACUUGUCUCACUCCUCAUGAUGGUAAGCCUUUUUGCGACUUUACCUUAUAUCGGCAUUUAGUUGGUAAUCUUGUUUACCUUACUGUCACUCGACCUGAUAUCUCAUAUGCUGUCGAUCAAGUGAGUCAAUUUAUGGCUGCUCCUCGCUCCACUCAUUUCUCAGCUGUCCUUCGCAUCCUUCGGUACCUAAAGGGGACAUUAUUUGAUGGCUCUAUUUCUCCUACCAGUCUCCUCUUUAGCUGCAUGCUUACACUGAUGUUGAUUGGGCGGGUGAUCCGACAGAUCGUCGCUCUACCACUGGUUACUAUUGCCUACUUGGCACCUCACUUAUCUCUUGGCGAAGUAAGAAACAAAUUGUUGUUGCUUGAUUUAGCACUGAGGCAGAAUAUCGUGCUCUAG